AUGCUCGAUAUGCUCUUGCUACUCUACGGACGAGAUGACUUUGUUUUCAUCACUCUCACAAUACCAUCUCCGCAAUCAUAUACCUUAAAGGAUCCCUCGCCACCAGCAUACACACAUCCAAUCAAGCCCUUCAUCUCCUCAUCAAUAAUCAUCAUGUCUGUGAACCCCGAGUCCGCUACUCCCCAGCAGGGUGAGUUCCGCAGCAAGGUCGCUCCCGCCGAGCCUCUCAUGAAGGGUGGUCACGCUCCCGGAGUCCUCGUUGGCAACGAGGCUGCCCCCGAGUUCCAUGCUGAGAUGCACCCUCCCGGUACAGCCCCUUCCGAGAACACCUUUCAACCCAACCCCGAGUCCGAAAUCCCAGCCCAAGCCUCCGGUAACGAGGGCGCCGUUCCUGCGGCCGCAACUCUCGGAGGAGCUACUUCUGCCGACGUCCACACCGGUCUAGGCAAGCCCGCUUCUGGACAGACUAGCCAGGAGCUGCACGGCACAGAGAAGAAGAACCGUUCCGGUCUUGAGGGCGUUGGUGCCAACCCUUCUGAUCCCAUCCACGACAAGGGCGCUGAUCGGGACCACCCUACCAACUAUCGUGGAAAGGGUGGCGAGAACGCGCUGGAUUAUGCUGGUGCUGAAGAUCGUGAGCCUGCUAAGGCUGAGGAGGUUGCGAGCGAGCGUCGUUGA